AUGUCUGCAACAACAGCGUUACUUUCGAUUCAGCAAAAUGUAUAUGCAAUUGCUGGUCCUAUCUUAAUAGGUAUUGGAAGCAUCAGCUGUAUACUCAAUUUAAUGGUAUUCAGCAAGAGCACUCUACGAAAAAAUCCGUGUACGAUUUGUUUAAUUGCUGUCAAUCUUAUCAAUUUUGUAAAUUUUUAUUUGGGUCUUUUUCUGGCGGUACUAGCAACUGGUUAUAAUAUCGAUCCAAGUUCGACUAACAUCUAUUUUUGUCGAUUUCAUUUUUAUAUUACUGUGGUUUUGGGGUGUUUUCAAUCAUCAUUUAUUAUCUUAGCAUCAAUUGAUCGUACACUUAUCACUUCACCUAAUGCUGUAACACGACAACGCAGUACUCGUCGUAUGAUUAUUAUUAGUAUGAUUGGUAUAAGCUUAUUCUGGAUGAUUUUUCAAAGUCAUGCAUUGAUUCUCACGGAAAUUCUACAAUUUGGACCUGGUUACUUUGUUUGUUACUAUCCACCAGGUAUAUAUACUGUAUUUAUGAGCUAUCAUGCAUUUAUAGUCAAUGGAAUUCUUCCAACUGCAUUGAUGAUCAUAUUUGGAUGUUGGACAGUGAAGAAUAUUCGUACAGUAAGUCGUGUAAGACCUGAAAUUAAGUCGAUGGAUACUGGAAAUAUGAUGAUUGGUAGACCUGCCAUUCUUCGAUCAAAGGAUCAACAACUUGUUCGCAUGUUACUAGUAAAUAUUAUUGCUUUUUUUAUAUGCAAAUUUCCAUCUACACUGAUUCUCAUUUACCAACAAAUUACACAGUAUGAUGAAAAAACUAGCGAUCGACAAGUAAUAGAACAAUCAGUUUUACAAUUGGCAUUCUUUUUGUAUUACAUCGAUAAUGGUAUUGAUUGUUAUACAAAUAUACUUGUAUCAAAAACUUUUCGAACAGAACUCAAACGUAUAUUUGUAGAUGCUUAUCAUACUUAUAUUCGUCAUCGAAAUUAA